ACUGACUAAUGUGACCAAAUAGAAAUAAUGAAAAAUAAUAUUUGCUAUCGUGAUUUCAUGAGAAAUAAUAAUAGUUGUUAUUUAAAAUUCAUUUUUUUUUUCACUCAACUGAAAGCUUCUGAAAACUGGAAAUGUCAGAACCAACGGAAUUGUAUGUGAACAAAGAUAUUAACGAGAGUGUAACCGAAGUUGAAGAGGAUGAAGAUGCAUUUCUAUCGCACCGUGUUUUCAUGAACCAUGUAGACCAAUACCAUGCAUUGCACAUCGCAGACUACUUAACAGAUAGAGUCGUGGGAACUCUCUUAGGCGGUGGCGAAGAAAGGGGAGAAGGUAUUGAAGAGGAAGAGAAAGUAUCGAAAGUGCAAGUAUCGACGUUCGGUUUAAAAUACGAAGUGAUCGGAACGAUGCGACACAAAUUCGGAAAACAAUCGGAGGAUAUCUCGAAGAUCAUUAGCGAGAAUGAUAAGGAAGAGUUUAAAAAGGAAGUCAUGAGAUGCGGAUAUAUAUUGUACGACAUCUCGCAGGAUGAGGCAGAGAUACCGAAAGCACUCGAGACACUAAAAUUUAUCGAAGAAGAAAUUGAUAAAGUCAAGGAUGUUGGACCUAAAACUUUCAAGAAGUUCGAAACGAGCCGAACGUUCAUUUUAAUUUCAAACAUAAUGACUUGGGCCAACACCAAACCCAUAGACCCUGACGAUCCCGAAACGGCAUUCACUGAAGCGGAUUAUCGAAAACGUAAACCACAUCCAAAUUACCUACAGCACAUAGCGUGCGAACGAGAAGUCAUUUUAAAAGGGAGAAAGUACAAAGAUAAGCUCAAAACUUACGUGGUUUGCGCUGGAAUUACUUAUGGUUUUGAAGAACAGGAUUUGUUUUUCUUGUUCAAAUUGGCGUGGAGCAAUGAGACGCAUCUUCCCGUUUUCCUCCCUGGAAAUAACAUUGUGCCCCUCUUGCACGUUCAUGAUUUAGCCGUAAUUGUGCAUUACACAAUGGAAAUUCUUCCAAAGAAACCUCAAUACAUUUUGGCGGUCGAACAAACACCGUGCAAGCUGCGCCAAAUCACGAAGGCUCUGAGCAAAGCUAUGGGAUCGAAUAGAAUCAAGGAUGUCUCCAAGGAAGAAGCUUUCCUCUACAAUAACAUGACUCAAUCUAUUUUCGAUCGUUACACGGUCAACUUGAACAUGGAACCGGCUGUAAUUGUGGACGAUUUCGGUGUUGAAUUCAGGAGCGAUCUGAAUCUUGCCGAAAAUAUGGUCAAAAUCGUUAUGGAGUUUCGCGAUAGUCAUAACUUAAGACCUAUAAAGGUGGUGAUGCAUGGACCUCCGGCUUCGGGAAAAUCAAUAAUAGGAAGAAAAAUAGAGGAGAUUUACGGGCUACACUUUGUGUCCGUAAAAUUAAUGAUUGAGGAAUUAUUAACUGAUAUGAAAAAUAGGGUAGACGAGGAGAUAGAAAAGAAGAAAGCACGAGAAGAAAAGGGGCCCGUGGAGGAGGAAGAAGAUGACGAAGAGGUUGAGGAAGAAGAGGAGGAAUAUCCUAUAGAAGAUUUGUUGGAAAAGAUCAAAGACAUCGAGAUUACAAUGGCUGAAAGCGAAAAUGGAAAAUUACCAGAUGAUUACGUUAUACGUUUAUUGCGUUCCUUCUUGGCCAGCAAUCAGUGUCAGAACCAAGGCUUCGUACUGGACGGAUUUCCGAAAACUAUAGUUCAGGCUCGGGAAUUGUUUGGAACUGAAGCUGGAGGAGGUGGAGAAGAAGCUGGAGAGGAGGAGGACGAUGAAGAGGUAUCAGGAGGAGCCAGGGUUUCGAUACUACCCACGCAUGUGAUAUCUUUAGAAGCUAACGAUGCGUUCCUGUGCAACAGAGUAAUGCAGUUCCCUGAAAAAGACGUUCAAGAAACUCAUUACACCGAAGAACACAUGAUGCGGCGCUUAAAAAUGUUCAGGGCCAACAAUACGGAAGACAACACCGUAUUGAAUUUCUUCGACGAGAUUGAAAUUCAUCCGAUAAUCUUGAACGCGAUGGACGAUGAAAACACGGAAAUGUCAACUACGUUGCAAAAAACAAAAUUGCUGCUGGGUUCUCCGGUCGGAUUCGAAGCGUCGCCUGAAGACAAGGAACAGAUGAUGUUAUGUUUGGAGGAAGCGGCGAGACUGAAAGAAGAGGAACAGCGGCUUGAAGCGGAGUUGAUCGAACGGCGGGCCAUGGAGGAAUAUCAAUUCAAGAUGGAGGAAAGGCUUCGCGUACUUAGCGAUCUGCAAACUGAAGAGGAGAAGAUACUUGUAGCCGAAGCGGAACCAUUGAGAAACUAUCUCAUGAAAUACGUGUUCCCAACUCUGACGACCGGUUUGUUAGAAAUAGCGCGAGUAAAACCGGAAGAUCCGGUCGAUUACUUGGCGGAAUACCUAUUUAGGGCAAAUCCGGAAGGAAAAAUGUUUGAUCCAUCUUAUACACGGCAAGGCGAAUUGCUGGAAUCGUUUUUAAACGACGCGGAAAAGGAUAAAUGAAAACAAACACUGAUUACAAUAUUCUUUUAUUAUUUCGUUCACUAAAACUA